AGUUACUUGUUCUGUUUAUCUUUGAAGUUAUCUGACACUCUUCACCGAUCCUUAGUAUCCCCAGUGCCGCUGUUUGGUGUUAUCCUUCCACUCGCCAGUUACGCCCGCCCUCAGGGAUCGUUGUUGCUGGUUGUGCGUGCCGCGGUCGAAAUCCAGAGGCGGAGGAUAAGAAGUGUUCGGUCUGCCUGUGCUGGCCUUGGUGCACAAGUAUCAGCCCAGAGGUCGUGAGUGCAGCCUCCUGAUGCGCAAUAACUAGUGACAGAACAGUGCAGCAUUACGUGUUGUCCAACAUCAUUCCUGAACGCUGCAAGGAUGGACCGGUGGGCGGGUCGCGUGGCCCUGGUGACAGGCGCCAGUACGGGCAUCGGCGCCAGCGUGGCACGCAGGCUGGUUGCCGAGGGCAUGCGAGUGGUGGGCGCCGCUCGGAGCGUGGACAAAGUGCAGGCCUUGGCGGACGAGCUGAAGGGUCAGCCUGGGUCACUGCUCCCCAUCGAGUGUGACCUCACCAAGGACGACCAAGUGCUGGCCAUGUUCGCGCGCAUCAAGCGGGAGCUCGGCGGCGUUGACGUGUGCAUCAACAACGCGGGCAAGGCGGUGCUCAGCUCUCUUACUGAGGGCACCCCCGAGCAGUGGCGGCAGAUGCUGGACCUCAACGUGGUGGCGCUGUGUCUGUGCACACGCGAAGCCUUGGCAUCAAUGAAAGAACGCGGCGUUGACGACGGCCACAUCAUUCACAUCAACAGCAUAUCCGGUCAUCGUGUCACUGUGUUGCACGGACUCGGAUUCUACUGCGGCACGAAGCACAUGGUGACCGCUCUCACCGAGGCGCUGCAGCAGGAGCUGAGGCAGACCGACACCAACAUUAGGAUAUCAGCUAUCAGCCCAGGCUUGGUGAAGACUGAGUUUGUAGUAAACGCCGGUCUGAGCGAGGAAGCAGCUGGCCACAUCUAUCAGCAGUUGCCAACCUUGCAGGUGGAUGACGUCACCGAGACGUUAAUUCAUGUGCUUUCAGCACCGCCAAACGUGCAGGUCCAAGACGUGUUGAUGCGACACACCCAGUACAAAUAAACUGAAAUGUGGCACGCUGGUUUACUGGCUCAUUGAUUCACAAAGAGAGUCUUCAUGACGCAGGUUUCAAGAGGGAGCCUUCAAGAGGUAGGUUUCAAGAGAAAGUUUUCAAAAGAGGUUUCAAGAGAGAGUUACAUUUUCAAGAAACAAGCUUCAUGAGUGAGGUUUCACAAGAAGGAGGCUUCAACACACGUCUCGUUAUGCUAGGUAUUCUCGUGGACUAUUCUGUUUUGGGACUGGUGAUCGUUUUACCUUUUUUUUUUUUUCUUUCUUUCUUUUUUCACCGUUCAGUUGUUACCCUCGGCCUGAAUCCUGAAGUUGUUAACACAUACGAGUAUUUGUACGAGGCCAAAACUCAUGUACUUUCUCCAGUCACGUCAUAAAGUAUCUGUGUAUCAUCCUAAUUAAAAGAUAACAAACCA